ACAGCCCAUUCCCCUGUCCCGCCAGGCUGGGCUGCUGCUGCCAGAACAGAGGAUCCGAGACGUGGCUCCUGGGCGAGCAACCAUGUUGGACUUUGCCAUCUUCGCCGUGACCUUCUUGCUGGCGUUGGUGGGAGCAGUGCUCUACCUCUACCCGGCUUCCAGACAAGCUGCAGGGAUUCCAGGGAUUGCUCCAACUGAAGAAAAAGAUGGCAAUCUUCCAGAUAUCAUAACCAGUGGAAGUUUGCAUGAGUUCCUGGUUAAUCUACACGAGAGAUACGGACCUGUGGUUUCUUUCUGGUUUGGCAGGCGCCUUGUGGUUAGCCUGGGCACUGUGGAAGUACUGAAGCAGCAUAUCAACCUCAACAGGACAUUGGACCCUUUUGGAACUGUGCUGAAGUCAUUGCUAAGGCACCAGUCUGGCGGCGGGACUGCGGGCGAGCACCACGUGAGGGAGAAGCUGCGUAACCGUGGUGUGACCGAGGCGCUGCAGAGUGACUUUGGGCUCCUGCUAAAGCUUUCAGAAGAAUUAUUAGACAGUUGGCUCACCUACCCAGAGAGCCAGCAUGUCCCCCUCAGCCAGCAUAUGCUUGGUUUUGCCAUGAAGUCUGUUACACAGGUGGUAAUGGGCAGUGCAUUUGAAGAUGGCCAGGAAGUCAUUCGAUUCCAGAAGAAUCAUGGCACAGUUUGGUCUGAGAUUGGAAAAGGCUUUCUAGAUGGGUCACUUGAUAAAAGUGCAACUCGGAAGAAACAAUAUGAAGAUGCACUUGUACAAUUGGAAUCUAUUUUAAAGAAAAUCAUAAAAGAACGAAAAGAAAAGAGCUUCAGUCAACAUAUUUUCAUUGACUCUUUAGUACAGGGAAACCUUAAUGACCAACAGAUCCUGGAAGACAGUAUGAUAUUUUCUCUGGCUGGUUGCAUAAUAACUGCAAAAUUGUGUACCUGGGCAAUCUGUUUUUUAACCACUUCGGAAGAAGUUCAAAAAACACUAUAUGAAGAGAUAGACCAGGUUUUGGGGAAGAAUCCUAUUACACCAGAGAAGAUUGAGCAGCUGAGGUAUUGUCGGCAAGUGCUUUGUGAAACUGUUCGAACUGCCAGACUGACCCCAGUUUCUGCCCGGCUUCAAGAUAUUGAAGGAAAGAUUGAUCAAUUCAUUAUUCCCAGGGAGACUCUGGUCCUUUAUGCCCUUGGGGUGGUACUUCAGGAUCCGAACACUUGGCCAUCACCACACAAAUUUGAUCCAGAUCGCUUUGAUGAUAACUCAGUAAUGAAAACUUUCUCCACGCUUGGAUUUUCAGGCACACAGGAAUGUCCAGAGCUGAGGUUUGCAUAUAUGGUGGCCACAGUCCUUCUGAGUGUGUUGGUGAGGAGACUCUUCCUUCUUCCUGUGGAGGGUCAGGUUGUGGAAAUGAAGUAUGAACUGGUCACGUCGACAAAGGACGAAGCCUGGAUCACUGUCUCAAAGAGAAGUUAACAUUGUGUACAUUUAAAAGUUUUGUUAAAUAGACUGAAGAAGAUGACCAUUUAGAAAUUACAAGGUGAAUCCUUUUAUAAGCCAAGUAUCAUUUCACAGUGUAAAUGCCCAUUGUCACUUUAUUAAGUAAAUUUAACUUUUAUAUCUUAGAUUGUCUUAAUGCAUGAAAUGCACUUACACUUAAUCACACUAAUAUAUGGAUACUUUCAAUAGGGAGCUUAAUUUUCUAAUUUUAAUUUUUAUCAUUUUGUAAGCCAUUAUUUUUAUCUUUUUCUUUAAAAACUUCUAAAAUGAAUAUUCUUGAAGAGAGAAAUUAUUUUGUACAAGUUGGAAAUCAUGUUUUCUGAAUAUUCAUAAAAGAGAAGCACAAUCCUAAUUCCUUUUUGUACUUUCAAUAAAUCACUUUAAAGGGAAAUAAAGAGGAUUUACUAUAA